AUGGGCCCUGUCUCAUCACCACAAGCAAGAACUGGGUCCCGCAAGAGGGCGGAGGAGGCGGGCCCCAGCAAAGGGGAACCAAGGAAGAAAAAGAAGCACGACCCUCAAACAAAGGGCAUUAAAUCCAAGAAUGUGACAUGUGAGCGGCAAGUGGAUAAGCCCACCCUCGAGGCACACAAUGAUAUGGUCCGGGCGAUUGAGGGUCAUGGGCUACACUUUUGGUUCCAGGCUGUGGAAGGGUUCAUAGAAUUAGGCCUAAAUCUAUGGAUUCUUCUGAAGAUUGCUCCAGCUCAAGGCUUGCUAAAACUGAACAUUGAUGGAGCUUCUAAGGGGAAUCCUGGGCUGUCUGGUGGUGGUGCUAUCUUAGGGAAUCAAUGGGGCCAAUUUGUCCUAGGUGGUUCCUAUUAUUAA